AUGUCUCAGAGAACAAACGCCGACCUGCGAGUGCCACGGGGAAAUGACCUCACCGCGCAGAGAGUCCUCGCGGUCAGAGAUAGCUGGCCACUUUUUGCUGACGAACUGCCCGUGGCCUCAUCAGGUCUAUGCUGUAUGCUAGCUCUGAUUAAGGAGAUCUACAGCUUUACCAGCGAUUUUUGGAAUUACGAUGACGAGGCCAAUCAGAGAAGGGAGCAGCAAAACGCGUUUCUGGCCCUGGCAUGGGAAAACCUGUCAAGCACUGAGCCUGGAGCUAUGACAGAUGUCGUGAAUCGAAUCUGGGGAAGCGAAAUAUCUCGUAUGUCACCUCUCGAUCUCACGUUCAAGAGUAUUGUCAGCACUCCGAUGAUGUGCGAAACACUGUGGUCCAACGGGUGGUUUCGCCCAUUUGCAACUCCGCAUUGGCGAAACAACCCCAUUGGCGCUUCCGGCGAUAUACAGCCAUGGCACAAAGUUGACGAAGACGCACCGAAAGUGGUGCGAGACUUUGUGGAGGAGAAAUGUCCUGCCACACCCGAAACCUUUCGGUUUGAUGCAACUCCAGAAUUGGACCUCAGCGCAGCCGUUGAGGCCCGAUUUGGCUGUUGGCGGAUUGGCGAUCUGCAAAUUCUUAUUCCCAAAUCUGGGUCUUUCUUCUUUUUUGCCACGUUUGAUGUCAAGAGUAUCACUCGGGACCGCGUGUUGAAUUUUGAGCAGAUACGCAGUUUCACGUUUCGCGUUCCAGCAUUUGCCGCGAAAGAUGACUUGCCGGCCCGUCAUGCAAGAACCGAGUGUUACAAUCUGGCUGCCAUUGUCUUUCAAAGACAGCAGCCGACGGACGUCGACAGCAUCCGCGUAUACGAGGCUACUGGAAUGCCUCGAGCUACCGUUGGGUUUGAGAACGUAUAUGCUUGGCCAUCUGUGUGCGUAUCUCAAUUGCACAAUGGCGAAUCCUUCUUCGCGUUGUACGCGGUAAGUAUGACCGGGCCAAUUGAGACCGACCCAAGCUACCCGGAAGAUGCGCGGGAUCUUAAGCCGGCGGCAGCGCUCUACAACUUCGAACACGCGAAGAUGACUCUUGCCGAAGCUUUUGGAGCCCCGUAA